GUCUUCAAAAUGGUGACAUCUGCUGAACAGGAACUGAUAACUCUGCAAUUUUUAUCGAACAUGCUGAACGAGGAUUUAUUAUCAUACGAAUGACGUAUUUUCAAUUACGUGUCGUAUUUACAAUGAUAAAAAUUUGUUUAAGUGGCCACGCGUACUUUUGCUACGAGUAUAUUCAUUUCCAUAACGAAUCUUACUCUCAUAACCUGUUAUUUUACCUAAAAAAUGUGAUAACUUAAUAAUCGGCGGUUGCAGUUCAUAAUGUAGUGUAUGGUGAUUCAUUAAGUAUUGUCAAAUAAUAAUUUGCCAGAUUUUGCGUUUGCUUAUGCGUAUAAUUCUAUAAAACGAGAAGCUCGUAUCUUGGAAGAUGUAGAGCUCGAAUCGACGGGCAGUAUUUUGGUUUUUAAGCCCUAAGGCUAGUCGUAGUUUAGCCCUACUCCUUAUAUAUUGUUCCAAAGAUCAGAAAUCAUUAUUCAGUUUUCAAUGAUUUGUGAGCAUAAUAUUGGUGUACAAGAUAGGAGAGAAGCUUCUAUACAGUAUUGCACAAGUUUGAUGUGGCAGAAAUUGUCCAAACAUUUGAUACAAGAGACAAAACAUUCAUGUUCUUUACGGUAACAUAAUUCCUGAAGAAAGUUGAAAGAAAAGCUACCAAGAUGACUUCCCAUAUAACCCAUGUAAUGACUCUAGCAAAUAGUAUUAUAGGGGUGAGUGUUCUUGCGAUGCCAUAUUGCUUUAAGCAGUGUGGUAUAAUCUUGGCAGUACUAGUAAUUCUGCUGUGCAGUGCACUAUCACGUCUUGCGUGUCAUUUCCUUAUAAAAUCUGCUGUUAUGUCUCGACGGCGGAAUUAUGAGAUCCUUGCAUUCCAUGCGUUUGGUCAUAUGGGAAAAUUUAUAGUUGAGUUAUUUAUCAUUGGUUUCCUUGUUGGAACCUGCGUGGCCUUUUUUGUUGUUGUUGGCGAUCUGGGUCCUCAAAUUGUGGGUAAAAUGAUAAAUAAGAAUCCUGAAGAUAUUAGAACGAGUUUGCUCGUCAUAACAGGAGCUUUCAUCGUUUUGCCAUUAGGCUUACUCCGAAAUAUAGACAGUCUGGCUGCUGUUUGUACAGCGACAAUUGGUUUCUAUUUUUGCCUCGUCUUAAAAGUGAUAGGAGAGUCUACACCUCAUGUCUUUGCUGGGGAUUGGUAUGAUCAUGUCUACUAUUGGAGACCAUCAGGAAUACUUCAAUGUUUACCAAUAUUCUCAAUGGCAUUGUUUUGUCAGACUCAACUCUUCGAGAUUUAUGAAGCCAUUCCUAAUGUGUGCCUGGAAAAGAUGAAUGAAGUAGUCAGAGGAGCACUUAAUAUAUGUACAAUGGUUUACGUAUGCGUUGGUUUCUUUGGCUACAUUGCAUUUUGUACGCAGCCAUUUACAGGAAACAUUUUGAUGAAUUUUGAACCAAGCCUUACGUCAGAAGUUAUAAAAAUGGGCUUCGUACUUUCGGUUGCCUUCAGUUAUCCACUAGUCAUAUUUCCAUGUCGUGCAAGCAUGAAUUCUCUGCUGUUUCGCAAGGCACAUUCUCACGAAUCGACGAGCAACUACAUGCCGGAAAUGAGAUUCAGAUGUCUGACAUUCACGAUUGUAAUCGUUUCGUUAAUUAUUGGGAUAUUAAUACCGAGCAUAGAAUUCGUCCUUGGUUUAGUUGGAUCCACGAUUGGUGUUAUGAUAUGUCUAAUAUUUCCCGCAGCAUUUUUUAUAUCUAUCAGUAGUAAAAAUACAAAUGAAAGAUUAGCGGCGCAGGCUAUUCUUUUUGUUGGUCUUUGGAUAAUGAUCUUAGGCACAUAUGCCAAUUUAUAUGCAAUGGAGGAAUCCACUAAUACAAGACUUUUAGCGACGACCAACAAACCUUCCAAUCAAAUUAAUAAUGUACCACUAAGUCUGAUGAGGGAUGAAAAAAUUCCUGCUAUUCCUGACAUACCAAAAACGGCUGAAAUUCUUCGAGAUGUUCAUGAAAAGUUAACCAUUCUGAAGUUACCUGAAAAAAAGCCUGAAGAUCCAAAAGAGGAUGUCAGGCAAGAACCACCAAUACCAGUAGAGAGAGUCGUGAUUACCGAGAAGCCGCUAGCGGAAACUUAUAAGACUAUUGAUAUUUUGGGAGUCACACUUUUACCGAAGAUUAAAAAAAAUGUAGAGAAAAUAAAGAUUGAUAAUAAGUUGGCUGAUGAUAAGAAGAUCGAUGAAAUGAUUAAUGAAAAAAGUAAAGAGAAAAUUAAGAAUCAAAACGAAUUGCAAAGAAAUGACAAUUUGAUAGAUUCCGAUGCAAUAAAGAAGGAAGAAUUGGAAUUAGCUGCUGAUGGCGAAUUGGCGGAUAUUCAAGCCGCCGAGAGGCAUAACAAACUUGAGAGAACUCUAGAGAAGCAUCGAAUUGAACAGUUCAAAAUGAUACAAGUUCAGAAGGAAAUCUUGCAAGAUCUCAAGCAGCGAAAACAGGAGUUGCAGAAAGAGCGCAUAGCCAAAAGUGAAAAAGUUACGGACCUUCCUCCCGAGAGUAAACCUGAAAAAGCAGAAAAUCUUAAACGUAUCAACUUAGAACCUGUUGCCAGAACAAAGCCUAAAGAUACGGAUCCUUCGGAAAUUCAAAAGAAGGCAGAGAAGUCUAAUGUGAAAAUGAAUAUUAGUGGAGGCAAAGGUAAUGGGCAAGUGGUGGAUAAUCAGAAGGUCAAUCAAAAUGACAAGGCUGAUAAGAGAGAAGCUCCCAAUAAGAAAGAGGUGCCUGAAAUAAUUGCGAAUAACAUAUCUGGCGCGGUAGAAGCUACUGCACAAAAUUAUAGUCAUCAGAAAGAAGUCUUAAACUUAAAUAAAACAAGUGCAUCCGCCAAAAAACGACAGGGUCCCAUAUUGAGCGCUUUGGCUAGGAACAUUUCGAAAGAGAUGGCUCUUAGUAGUAAUGAUAUUAAACAGUCUAUCUUGAUGAAAGACUCGAACACAAUUUAUAAAAAUUCAGUUGUAGAAACGGAGAAAAAUAUUCCAGCCAGUGAUGUGAAAAAACCAUCUCCGUAUUCUGUACCAAUAGCGCUGAUGAUGAAUAAUCCAACAAGAAAAAAUGACAAUCCGAAUGGAUCAAACUUGAUUGACAAAGAAAACGCUGGUUUUCACAGAGACAUUCUGGAAGAUCAUGAAAGAGAGAAGAGAGACGUUGGGAGUUACGAUACAGAGAAUAUCGAAGUCAAGUCUUUUGCUAGAGACGUAGUGCUUAAGAAUGAUCGCAAAAUUUGUGAUAAAUCAACUGGUGAUUCGGUAAAGAACAUUCAAGAAAAGUCUGAUACCACUACGGAUAGUGAGAUUUUAAUUAAAACUAAUAUUUACUUAUCAGAACAAGGAUUCACCGAUAACAUGUCAGUGGAUUCGAAUGUUGCAGUGGCUACAGAUUUUGUGAAAAUAAUAAAGAAAAGAGACUUGAAAGCUCUUCAUCCUAGUAAUAAUAUUAGGAAAUAGUUAUCUAGAGUAAACGUUUCCAUGAGAGAGUAAUAUAUUCCAUAAAGAUAUUAAGUUACUUUAUUUAUUUAAAGUUAUCAGAUUAGAACAUACCUGUACCGCGGUGAUCUUAUUUAUAUACAUUGACAGAGCAUUAAACUAUUUUAAAAAUUAAUCAUCCCUCUUCUCCGUAGAAGAGCGGUAAAAGGAGCGAGUUAAGUGAGAAAUUAAAACCGAAAAAGAAAGAGGAAGCGAAAGAAAUGAAAACUGAAUAAGUGAAAAGGAGCUUAAUAGUAUAGGGGAGAAAAAUUAGGUCAAAAGUAAAGACAAAUAUAAAAAAGAGUAGGUCACACGUAUCCAAGAAUCUGAGAUGCAUUUGGUUCCCUAGUACCCGUCAUACUGUACAUACUAUUCAGCAUUAACACGUUUAAAGUCCAUCCAUAAGAUAUAAUCAGAUUAGUUUUCAUUCAAGGUAUAAAAUAAUUGAAGAUUAGCCGUUAUAUUUCAUGAAAUAAUAUUAUAAACAUUCUGAUACCGUGGUACAUCCUGCAUAGGUAUAAAAAUAGAUUAUUUUCUAUAAAUGUUAUGUGAGAAAUAUAUUAAACAAAAGAAAGCGA